CCACAGGAACAAGACCCGCAGUCAGCCUUUUCACCCGUAGAGGAUCUGACACACAAGUCUGACUUGGGGCAGGGCAGGUGCUGGACUACCGUGAAAGGACACAAAUAAUAUGGUUCAAGGGGAGGUUUCACAAGAAAAGAAAAUUUGAGAAAGACUGUUUGGAAACAGGACACUUGAAAAGAAACAAUUAGGUAAAGAUGGAAUGUACUAAACAUAAUGAAGGAAGAACGCCAUCAUAAAGGGUCAGGAAGCACAGACAUCUUGCUGUACAUUUUGUUUUGUUUUCUUCUUUGUUUUCAAGACAGUCCUGGCUCUCCUGGAAUUCACUCUGUAGAUCCUCCUGCUUCUGCUUCCCCAGUGCUGGGAUUAAAGGCUGGCACCAUCACACUUGGCUCUUCUCCUCGUCCCCCAUUGUUUGCUGUACAUUCUUACUACCAAGCAAGAAUCCUGGUAUGGGCUGGAGGGAUGACUCAGCAGUUAAGACCACUCCUGCUCUUCCAGAAGUCCUGAGUUCAAUUCCCAGCAACUACCUAGUGGCUCACAACCAUCUGUAGUAAGAUCUGGUGCCCUCUUCUGGUAUGCAGAACACUGUAUACAUAAUGAAUAAAUAAUUCUUUUUUUUUUUUUUUCGAGACAGGGUUUCUCUGUGGCUUUGGAGCCUGUCCUGUAGACCAGGCUGGUCUCGAACUCACAGAGAUCCACCUGCCUCUGCCUCCAGAGUGCUGGGAUUAAAGGCGUGCACCACCAUUGCCCGGCCAUGAAUAAAUAAAUCUUAAAAAAAAAAAAUCCUGGUAUGAUGGCACACUCUAUAUAGCCUUAGCACUUGGGAGGAUGAGGCGAGGCUACAAAGAUAGCUUGUAUCAAAAAAAAAAAAAAAAAUAGUGAAAAAGCUAUAGACAGUCCUGACAGAACUGUAUCGAGACACCAGACAUGGAAAACAGCCAGACACAGAGGAAGAAUGCUCUGCACAGACAGCUACUAUGAACUUUUCAAAAGUACCAGUGUGGCCGGCUGGUGGUAGUGCAUGCAUGCCUUUAAUCCCAGCACUCAGAGGCAGAGUCAGGUGGCUCUCUAUGAUUUCCAGGUCAGUCAAGAUUGCAUGAGACCCAGUCUCAAAAUGAUAAUAAUAAACCAAACCAAAAGUGCCGAUGCAUAAACACUUGGAACAAAAACAAGUGCUAAGGAACAGUAUUAAGGAACAGUAUGUAAGAGCCAUGGUCAGGCGGUGGUAGCGCACAUCUUUGAUCCCAGCACUACAUAAGAAAACUGUCUCAAGAGGAUCAGGGUCUGGAGAAUGGGGUGUCUGGAGGCGCCAUGUCGGGCCGGGACGGUGGCAAAAAGAAGCCCCUGAAACAGCCCAAGAAGCAGGCUAAGGAAAUGGACGAGGAAGAUAAGGCUUUCAGGCAGAAACAAAAAGAGGAGCAGAAGAAACUCCAGGAGCUAAAAGCCAAGGCCGUGGGGAAGGGACCCCUGGCCACAGGUGGAAUUAAGAAAUCUGGCAAAAAGUAAGCUGUUCCUCAUAUCUGAGAUGAUGGUGACCCUCUUCCAUUCCUAUUUAAACAUCUGGAUUCCCUGCCAUACCAUCUUUGCCAUCUACAGCUAGAAUGAAGUGUUAAACAGAAUGGAGUCUGUUAAACAUCUGGAUCCCCUACUAUAACAUCAUUGCCACCUAUAGUUAAAAUGAAGUGUUAUCCUGGAGCCUGUUGUACAUUGUAAUAAACUUUUGUAAAAA